ACCUUCUUCCUCAGUGGAAAGAAGUGGAGGAGGUCAGACGAACAACAGCGAGCAAAAAAAUGGCCCAGAGGUGGUUGCUGAAUUUAAUAGGGGUUUUGGUUACUUGAUGUUUUUUUUUUAAAAACACGUUAAUGUGUCGUUGUCUGCACUCAGGACGUGUAUUUUACGGCCUUUUGCCGCUCAGGGAGUCCGUCUCUAGUACGUAAACAAACAUGACCGUCGCCGUCUCCAGGCAGAGACACGCUGCCGUCGCUGCAGACUCCUCUGGCUCUUCUCUUUCCGUUACUGCAAGCCUCAUACGACUCUCUAAACACGUCAAAUAUGAAAAUCUGGCAGCCGGACUCAGUGGAGGUGUUCUUUCCACAAUGGUGUUACACCCACUGGAUCUGAUCAAAAUCAGGUUUGCAGUAAGCGAUGGUCUGAAAAUGCGCCCCCAGUACGAUGGGAUAGUGCACUGCAUGAAGACCAUCUGGAAGCUGGAAGGGAUUAGAGGACUCUAUCAGGGUGUGACCCCCAACAUCUGGGGGGCCGGGGCAUCAUGGGGCCUGUACUUCCUCUUUUAUAAUGCUAUUAAAGCGUACACACAGGAGGUACGGCAAACAGAGCUGAGUGCUGGAGAACACCUGGUGUCUGCGGCGGAGGCAGGCAUUCUGACGCUUUGCCUCACCAACCCAGUCUGGGUGACAAAGACCCGGCUGGUGCUGCAGUACAAUGCAGACCCGUCACGGAAGCAGUACAAGGGAAUGAUGGACGCCCUCGUGAAAAUAUACCGUCACGAGGGUAUCCCGGGACUCUACAGGGGUUUCGUGCCUGGGCUGGUGGGGACUUCCCAUGCUGCAUUGCAGUUCAUGACCUACGAGGGGCUAAAAAGAGAGCAGAACAAAUAUAAGAAGAUGCCGACUGAAUCCCUGCUGUCUCCAUUGGAAUACAUCACCAUGGCAGCCAUUUCCAAAAUAUUUGCUGUAGCAGUGACCUACCCGUACCAGGUGGUGCGCGCUCGCCUGCAGGACCAGCACAACACCUACAGCGGCAUCGUGGACGUCGUCCGGAGGACGUGGAGCAACGAGGGGAUCGAGGGCUUUUACAAAGGCAUGGUCCCAAACCUGGUGCGAGUCAUUCCAGCGUGCUGCAUCACCUUUCUGGUGUUCGAAAAUGUGUCACGCUUACUUUUGGGCGAGUAUCACUAAAGCUUCAGGUACACACACACACACACACCAAACGCUACGACGGACCAAUUCAACGCAAUAUACCAGGAUGUGCGUGUGUGUGUGUCAGAGACGGACAGGAAUACCAAACAUUUCCUGUUUAGCUCUGAACUGGACGUGCAGACAAAAUUAGCAUUUAGCGUGUGCACUGAAUGAAAAAAAGAAAAUACAGGUGCAGACAAAUAUAGAAAGCGAGAGAGAGCGAUAGUUUUAUUGUUGAGUUUAUUGAGAGAGUAUCCAUGUUGUCUUGAAUAUUCAACCACGAAAAAGAUGUCAUUUCAAGAUUUUUAAUUGAUUUCAAGUGGUCGGUGACGAACGGCUCGUGGAAAAGUGGACUCAAGCCAUCCUGUGACAAUGCAACCAAACCCAGUACUCGAGAUGUUUUUACGAUAUUUUCACCAAUCAGCUGCUAUAUUUGCUGAGCAAUGCGAGAGAAUGAACCACUCGGCAGAUCUCUUCUGGCUGUGGCGAGCCGCACCGCUCAUGCUCAGGAAAUGAUGUCACGCUGCAGGAUAAUAGCACACAGGCCUGGAGAAACUGAUACUUUACUGCAGGACAGGAGCAGAUUUUAACCAGAUGUUUGUAGAUGGCAUCUACUGGACGAGAGGAACGCUGUAACUGCGAUGAAAGAAGAGAUACGAAAAGAAGUAUCAACUGAGAGCCUGUGAUGUUCGGUUUGUUUAUAUGUAUGUGCUGUUGUCAAGAAGAGCUGGUGUAUGUAUAAGCCAUUUUUACACAUUUAAUAAAGGAAUAAAUGUUACAGACAAA